AUGCAUGAAAAAACAUAUUUUUCGACUUCAAAACUCGCAAUGUCGAGCAGGAUGCUUUGUGGCUUCACGCCAAUAACCUUCUGUCGCAAGCUCUCAAGAUUACAGGUUGCGAGAGGGCUUGCUCUAAAGAAACUUAUCAAGGGCAAACACGAGUUUAGACGUACAUCAACGUCAAAGAUUAAUGUCGAUAAAAAGAACAGUAAAAAUAUCAAACGCACAGUUUCACAAAUAUCUUCAGUUGUAGAAGCUUCUCCAAAGAGCUUCAAUCCUACAAAACAAGCCGUUGUUACUUCAGGCGGUGCGGUGUCUCCUUUGUCGGUAAAGAUCGAAAAGAAGAAACCUAAUACACCAAGAAACAACAAUUCCGAAGGUUCUUCGCCGAAAUGUACUGCGAACUUCAUUUUAAUGGUGGAGCUGAGGAAGAACAUCUUUGCUUUCAGAGAAAUGAUUGAUUUGCCUUCUCUUGAUGGUUCUCUCUCUGUCACCGAGAUCAUCAGACAAACAAUGAAGGAUCUACAAAAGCUUUCUCCAGAGAUUGUAACCAUUAAUAAAUCUUUUGAAAUGGAAGGAGCUGAGAUGGAUAAGAUGUUGAUUUUCUUCUAUGAGGAUCUCAGAGCUAUUGGUGAUUCUUGGAUUAUGGAUAGUGACUGGAUUUAUCGAUCUAAGUACAAGAACAGUGGUGUUGGGAAGAAUAAAUCAGAUCGUCUUGUGGAGCAUGUUUUAGCAGCUCUUGAUGGACUAAUCAAGAUGACAAGAGAAAGAUUUGGUAUGAUGGAUCUUGAAUCUGAAGAAAGAAAGAGUUUUACGGCAAAAGGUGUUUCAUCAGAAGCAAGAAGAAGCUUUACAAGAUCAGUGUCUUAUUCAGAGAGUAACAACUCUUUUUACCAAUCUCCAUUAACACCGAGAUCGGUUCUUCCUGGGACGAUGAUGAUGUCUAGUAGUAACUCAACAUCUCCGAGUCUUUGGAACUUAAGAGCUCAAGCUUUGGAUAAGUUAAGCCCCGUUGAUCUGAAGCGGCUUGCUAUGCAGAUCUUGUCGCAUAGAGAUUCAGACCUUGUUCAAGAUCUUGAUCUUAAGAAUAGUAUCGAAGAAGAAAAAGAAGAGAGUGAGACAUUGUCAGAGAAGGAAGAAGAUAAUGAUUCCUCUAUUUCAGAAACAGAGCAUGGAAUCGAAACAGAUGAUCAUAGCAAAGGUUCUGAAACAGGGCAGGAGGCUGAAACAGAGCAUCAUAUUAAAGGUUAUGAAACAGAGCAUGAGAUUGAAGGAGAGCAUCAUACUGAAAGUUCUGGAACAGAGCAUCAUAUUGAAACGGAGGAUCAUAGCGAAACUACAACUUCAGAGACUAACACAAUAGAAUCUUUUCAAGAAGAAAUCUCAGUAACUCCACCGGCUCCACCUUCUCCACCGCCACCACCACCAUCGCCGUCACCAAAGGCGUCAUUUUUCAACACGAAAGCUACUCCUCUCUCACAACCGCCACCGCCACCUCCAUCAUCACCACAACCGGAAAGAAAAGCUCUUACUCCUCCCCCGCCACCACCACCUUCAAGAACACAUGAUUGUGGAGAUUUUUGUCCACUUACGAAACCUCAAUCUAUCAAUGGCGAUAACAGUCCGACGUCGAUGCCAGCACCUCCGGCACCACCGGGUAGUGGAAGAUCCUUGCGUGCCAAGAAAGCAACUAGCAAAUUGAGAAGAUCAGCACAAAUUGCAAAUCUCUAUUGGGUUCUCAAAGGGAAGCUUGAAGGCCGUGGCGUAGAAGGAAAAACAGCAAAAGCAAGCAAAGGGCAGAAUAAUGUUGCAGAGAAAUCUCCUGUUAAAGGUGCAAGAUCAGGAAUGGCUGAUGCACUUGCAGAGAUGACAAAAAGGUCGAGUUAUUUCCAGCAAAUAGAAGAAGAUGUUCAGAAAUACGCGAAAUCAAUUGAAGAAUUGAAAUCUUCAAUACAAAAUUUCCAGACAAAAGACAUGAAAGAAUUGCUCGAGUUUCAUAGCAAAGUGGAAUCUGUUCUUGAGAAACUAACUGAUGAAACUCAAGUACUCGCGAGGUUUGAAGGUUUCCCUGAGAAGAAACUAGAAGCCAUAAGAACAGCUGGUGCCUUGUACAAGAAGUUAGAUGGGAUUCUAGUUGAGCUCAAGAACUGGAAAAUGGAGCCUCCAUUAAACGAUCUGCUCGACAAGAUAGAGCGUUACUUCAACAAAUUUAAAGGAGAGAUCGAAACAGUGGAACGAACAAAAGAGGAAGAAGCUAAAAUGUUUCAGAGACACAACAUAAAUAUCGAUUUCGAAGUUCUUGUUCAAGUCAAAGAAACUAUGGUUGAUGUUUCAUCAAAUUGCAUGGAGUUGGCACUAAAGGCAGAGAGAGCUAAAAGGCUAUGGAGGGCUUUUCAAUUUGCUUUCAAGGUUUAUACAUUUGCAGGAGGUCACGAUGAACGAGCAGAUCAUUUAACAAGACAACUUGCACAUGAGAUUCAGACAGAUCCUGAUCAAACGGAUUCAUCGAUGAUCAUGUAA